GGAACGCAGCAGGCCCGCAGUCGGUCCUCCAGCUGCACCACUUCCGGGUACACCUGUUUGUCAGGUAGGCUCGUGCCGCAGUCUGCGCGCGCCACGGACGGCCACAGACGGAGUCACCACUUCACGACCAUGGACGGAGUUUCACCGAGGCUUUGACGCAAUUUGCUCCGAGGUUUACUUUUACACGUGCCCGUCGCCGAGCGAGUGGAGCGAACUCGUCUUCACCGAUCGAAUAAAAUGCGUCGCGCGCCAACAGGAAGCGUCGCCGUGGACGCGCUGUUGCUGCUGCUGAGCCUGGUCCCCUCCCUCGUCUCUGCCAUCUUGGUGAGCUCUCCUCCAAACGUCCAUGCAUCUAAAGGGGACACCGUCACGUUGGCCUGCACCUUCACCUCCACCAGUAGACCAACCAGUAAGAUGACCGUCGACUGGUCGUACAGGCCCCAGAGCGGAGGGCCGCCACAGACAUUUUUCCACUUCUCCUCGCGGGCGUUCCUCCCGACAGACGGUCAGUUCGCCGGUCGUGUCCGGUGGGAGGGGGCCCCGGCGCGCGGCGAGGCCUCCAUCUCGUUGACCAACGCCACGUUGGGCGACAACGGCACCUUUUCGUGCUCGGUCAGAAACCCCCCCGACGUCCACGGGUCCCCGAUUUCACAGACCGUGCUCACCGUCACGCCAAAGGCCGCCAGCGUCCGCUUCUCCGACGUCACGGUCCUGCUCGUUUUCAUCCUCCUCCCCUCCACCGUCGUCACCCUCAUCCUGAUUGGACGGAUACUCUUUCCGAAGAAGGAGCGUGGCCAAUCGAAGGCCAACAGGUCGCCCAUAGAGGUCACGGAGGGAGAGGAGUUUGGCGUCCAGCCACCAGGGGCCAAAGAGAAGAGGGCCAUGUGCUGUGACCUAUAUUUGACGGACUCUGACGAUGAGGAGUACUACAACCCCAAAAAGCAGCCUCCCGCAGACGAAGGCUACGCCGAGUCUCAGUGCUAGAGAACCCUGGUGGUUGGGAGAUGUAACUGCACGCCUCGGGACUGCACCCCCCCCCCCCCCCCCACAACCCCUUACAAAUGGGAGGCACCGAACGGAAAUCAAUGCUGGAUUCACAUCGCCUGUGCCUCCGUCCACCACGCACCCGGUCACUUUGCUGAUGGAGCAAACAUUUUUGUGGUGUUUUGGUUUUCUUUCGUCUUGAGAUGAUCUGAAUUAUUACUAUUCAUCCACAGCACGAUAUUCACACCAAAGAAUACGGCAUGUCAAUGACUAGUUUAACCUUCUUUUUUUUUUUUUUUUUCGACAAAAAAUUCUAAAAGAACCACCUCACAGCUUCCAUACCGGUUUGCUGUGGGGAAAAAAGCUGAGGUAUCAAUCCCUAAAUUUCAGAGCUUUUGUGGUUUAUGAUUAUAUAUAACAUUUGUUUGUUGUUUUGUGUCCAGGUAUGAAGCUGGGAUCAUUCUGUCAGGUACCAACUGACAUGCAAACACAAACACACAGAUGAGCACUAUGUAUAUUUUUUUUUUCUUUUUAUAUCUGAUGAUAUGAAUGAUUCACUUUCUUAUCAUGAAGGAGAGAGAUUAUGUUUUGUCUAAUUUAUUGCUUGUGUCAAAAGCGGCUGUAUGAGAUCUGUUAUAUUCUAAACAUCAUGAGAGAAAAUAAAUGGUUUGGUGUGGAACAUUAGCUGCGACCACUUAAUACCAUUUAUAUAUAAAACUGUACAGUAUAUAUAUAUUAUAUUUGAAAUAUUUCCAGUCCUCUGUAUAUCACUGUACCAUGUGUGUGCCGUCUUACUGCUCAGUACACUCUGGGGAAUGUCUGACUCUGGAUGUGGACCCGAGUCUUUGGUUUUGGAUGCAUAGCUUUGCUUGUGUUGAUUUACAUUUUUUAGAAACAUCUUUGCCAAAAGAAAUAGUUCAUGUGCAGAUUCUCGCGGCUUCGUACGAGGAUGGACAUGACUUUUUUUUCUUCUUUUUUUUAAAGAUGCUUCUGGCAAGAAUUAGUUCAUUACAUUGAGGAACGUCUCGGUUUGCAAAAAGAGAAGCAUUUGUUUUGUAAAGCAAGCGGCCACCGUCUCUCCUUCGGCUCCCUCCUCUGUUUGGUCUGUUGCACUAUUCAUGAAUGGGCCCUCUUCCACUAUUCAUGAAAGCUCUUGAAUAUUCCCUUUAAAACUCUUAAGGACGGUCGGGAGGCUCAAAGAGCCUCGCUCGCAAAUUGCGGCAGCAUCUUGUCUCAUCCACGCAGCCACGGGACUCGCGAGUCGUGAUGGGAUCUGACGAGAUAAAAUUUAAAAAAGCCGCCCAAUGAAACGCGCAGAAAAAAAAAAAAAAAAAUCAAGUCCUCAUUCUGUCUCAUUUCUUUUCCCUAUUUCUCAUUCCUCUCGUUCACGCUCUCUAGGGUUUUAAUAAUUCACACACAAAAAGCUACGGUGAAACAAUUAUCAUUCCCGCGCCAUCUGAACUGCCAUGGCAACAACUUACAGAUGUCGGGCAGGAGGAGGAGGAGGGGAGGGCGGGGGGAGAUGUAUUUAGAAAAUUGAUUGAAGAAAGAGAAAGGCUGACUACCUGAACUGGAGGGACGAUGUGUCGGUCCGGUGGUCUAAUGUACAACACCCUGUGUGUAGCUGCAGUAGUAUACUGAAUCUACAAGGCACCAAAACUGAAGUCUGACUAAGAAUAAAGGUACAAAUAAGA